AUGGAAUCACCUAACAAGGAGGAAGAGGGUGGGCUGUGGGGCUGGGAGUGGUAUCAGCCCAAGGAAGGGAACAGGAUGUGCGAGUGCACAGAGGGGAGCGCGGACAUCCCUCGCUGGGGGCGGCGGCUGCGGCCUGUCGCGCCGGUAGCGGGAACCACUUCCUGGUCCGCACCUCCCGCCCGCGUCCACACUCCGCUGCUGCAUUUCCCCCACGGCGCAGAGCUUCCGAGGCAGCAGGAGGCUCCGUCCGGCUCCCGCGUGAACGCCCGGCCCGGAGCAGGGUCCCUUCAGAGAUUUAAAACACAACGCUCUGGAACUCCAACUCCCCCGGCGCCCAGCCCGGUUCCCAGGCGUCGGGGCGGGGGCAAUCCCCUGCGGCUGCAGGGAAGAGGCCCCGAGCCUGUUGGAGCCCCCGGCCCUGGCCGCGGUCCCACCGGUGACCCAGGUGCGCCGCGCCCGCCCGAAAUCUCGUCCGACGUCGCCCGGCACCUGUCGCGCCCGGAGCCCGCAGGACCUGCACUCACCUCGUUCCGGGGGCCCACAGCCCGUCCCCGCGUCUCUGGGCCCAGCUCCUGCCGCCGUCUCCGCCAGUGGCCCCGCCGCGGCCGCCGCCCACUUUCGGUUUCCCCGCACCGCCGGAGCCGCCCCGCGGCUUGGGAAUCACCUCAAGCCCCCGCCCCGCCCUGCUCGGCCCCGCCCCGCUUCGCCCCGCCCCGCCCCGCUUCCAGGGCAGCCUGGCCUCGGCUCUGCGCACGCGCGGGCGCUCCGGCCGCGUCGGCCCACGCCGGCGUCCGCGCGUGGGAAGGGAAACCGUCGCCACCUAGCGGUUUCUGCGCGUGCCCACGCACCGGACGGCGGCGGAAGACGCCUGCGGGGCGGGUGCGGGAGCGCCUCCUGGUGGACAACGCAGCUAAGAAUGACCUAAGUUCCAGCCAAUUAGAUGUGACCACAGUGUGGUGUGGGACUCUGGGGAGACUGCUCAGAUGGAAGUGACCCAGCUGAGAGGGCCCCCUUUGCCCUGCCUUGCCUGCUCUCUGAAAUGCAAACAUGGUGGCCGGUCGAGGCUGGAGCUCCAGCAGCCACAUUGAACCAUGAGACCGCAUGGAGGAUGGAAAGCACAUACAAGAUGCUCGAACAGAAACACAUGAUUUAUAAACUUCUGUGGUGGUCAGUUCAAGAUACAGAUGCAUCCUGCCAUAUUCUGACAGAGAUGAUGGACCUCAGGAUCAACUAAAAAUGUCAGUGGACUUCAGGUCUAGAAGGACGGGCUCCUGUUUCUCCAGAACAGUUGGGGGCAUAUGGGAGUCUGUGGCUGGGGAGGGGCUGGCAGAACCCUGGAUCUCGUACAUCUUAGGAUUCCCAUGAGAGGGCUGAGGUCUGGGGGCUUCCUCUGCAGGAGGAAAUUAGUCAGUGAGAGUUAUGGAUAGGAUCCAAGUCCCCUGGGAAGUGAAAGGGAGGCUGGGGCUCAGAGCCAUCCCUACCACAGUCCCUUCCCAGCUCUGCCCGCCUCCUUCCACAUCUACCCCUCCAGACCCAACCUCUAGGGGACCUAGAACAGGAGCUGUAGUGAGCAACCUGCUCACACUUCUACCUCAAACCUCAUUCCUGGUGCAGGUAGCCCUUCAGAGCAAGAGUCACUGGCAAGACCCAGCCCAUGUAGGUUCUAUGCCUGCCCUGCCUGAAGACCAGGGCUGUCUCUGCCAGGACAGUCACAGAGGGGUUGGGUGGGGCCAUCUCUGGACAGGCAGGGCAGGCACAGGGGCCCACAUCCAAACAAGGGUGCCCUAGAAGAGCAAUGUGGAAGGAAAGGCCAGGUAUGUGACUCUGCUGCCCCCCACCCCCCACCCCCUAACACUAUCUCUUCUAUCCUGGGCACCUGGCCAGAAAAGUACCCUGAGGGCACUCCGGGGAAGGAGCCUGCUCCAGUGACAGCCCAAGAUAGAAUCAGUCCCAGAGCACUCCUGCCCCUAGCCUGGGACCAUACAGAACUGGCCCAGUGAGGAGGUCCCCAGCCUCCUGGGGGAUUCUUUCCUAUGAUGGUGGCAGAGCAAUUGACUCUGAUGGAUGCAAUGAGUGCUGGGCUCUCAGGGCAGGGGACAGCCUCCCCUCUGGGACCUUUCCCUGAGCCUCAGUCGAAUGAUGCGGGCCCAAUCCCAUCUCCACCUCUUACCAACCAUAUGGCCUGGACUAGAUUCUUAACCUCCAGACCUUCACUGUCCACAUGUGCAGGGCAAAGAUGGGACAUAACAGCACCUGCCACACACAGUGACUGUGCAGAAUGAGAGGAGAGAGGGAAGGCAGGUCAGGGCCUGGUCCCUUUGUAGGUGGAGGGUGCUCACUGAGGAGCAGCCAGGUGCAUGGGUUGCCCACUUGUGCUCAGGAAACCUCACCCACCUCAGCCCUUAUUAGGCACCUAAUGUGGAUUCUAAGACAGACACUGAAACAAAGCUGCCCCUGGGGAAGACAUGUAUCCAAAUGGGGAGACAGACUAGAUGGCUGAUCAAGAAGGAGACAGAUGCCAUCUGGGGAGGGACAGGCAUAAGCCACUUUCUGGUGCUUGGAGUUAGUGAGGAAGGGCUGAGUGAAAAUGGCACUCUCCUGUGCCUGCCAGUAUUGGGUCCUGGGUCAUCACGUGCUGGGUGCCCUCAGUGAACCACCAUGUGAUGCAGAGACCAGAGAGUGAAGGCCCGGGCCAGCGCAGGGUGGUGCAACUUUGAAUCGAGGUGGCCAAGGUUUGCUGUGGGAGGCCCAGGGAGCUCCUGUCUGUGUCCCCUUCCAAAUCUCAUCUUGAAUUCCCACGUGUUGUGGGAGGGACCCAGUGGGAGGUAACUGAAUCAUGGGGGCAGGUCUUUCUGUGCUGUUCUCGUGACAGUAAGUCUCACGAGAUCUGAUGGUUAUUAUAAGGGGGAGCUUUUCCUGCAUAAGCUCUUUUUGCCUGCUGCCAUCCAUGUAAGAUGUGACUUGCUUCUCAUCUUCCACCAUGAUUUUGAGGCUUCCCCAGCCACCAACCAUGUGGAACUGUAAGUUUAAUUAAACCUCUUUCUUUUGUAAAUUUCCCAGUCUCAGGUGUGUCUUUAUUAGCAGUGUGAAAAUGGACUAAUAUGCUCCCUCUUGCAGCCUUGGGAACGGCCUCCUUGUCAGCUCUCAGGUGUGUGGUCUGUGGUCUAAGCCCCCACACAG